AAAGGAUUUAUCUGAAGACAAAGCAUUCUAUUCAUCAGAGACUAGACAAGAGUUACUCUUGCUUUUGGCAAUUAAAGAUGAUGUUGUCAUGGAAACAGUUGAUCCUACUUUCAUUCAUUGGCUGCCUGGCAGGUGAGCUUCUUUUACAAGGUCCUGUGUUUGUCAAAGAGCCCAGCAACAGUGUUUUCCAUGUUGGUUCAGAGGAUAAAAAAAUAACUUUAAAUUGUGAAGCAAGAGGCAACCCUGCACCCCUUUACAGAUGGCAGCUGAAUGGCAGUGAUAUUGAUACAAGUCUGGACCAUCGUUACAAAUUGAAUGGAGGCAAUCUCAUAGUUAUUAACCCCAACAGAAACUGGGAUACAGGAAGUUACCAGUGUUUUGCUACAAAUUCACUUGGAACAAUAGUGAGCAGAGAAGCCAAACUCCAGUUUGCCU